GCAGGGCUGCAAAAGUAGAGACUUGGAGACAGAGGCUGAUUCCAGUCUUGUUUCCUGCUGUCUGCACUACAAUAAGAGACCCAAACCACCAACCACUAAAAUGGCAAACAAAGGACCUUCAUACGGACUGAGCAGGGAAGUCCAGCUGAAGAUUGACCAGAAGUACAACCCAGAGCUGGAGAUCAUUCUGGUGCAGUGGAUAGUCAGUCAGUGCCCUCCUGAAUGUGGGCGUCCAGAAGAAGAGGGGAAGUUAGGUUUCCAGAAGUGGCUGAAGGACGGCACUGUACUUAGCCACCUAAUCAACUCCCUUGCCCCCAAAUCUGUGGCUAAAAUCCAGACUUCCGCAAUGGCCUUCAAACAGAUGGAGCAGGUGUCUCAGUUCCUGAAGGCCUGCGAGAGAUACGGCAUUGCUGCUACCGACUUGUUCCAGACAGUUGACUUGUGGGAAGGAAAGGACAUGGCUACUGUCCAGAGGACUCUGAUGAACUUGGGUGGUUUGGCAGUUACAAAGGACGACGGCUUUUUCCGUGGAGAUCCAAACUGGUUUCCCAAAAAAUCCAUGGAAAACAGACGUGCAUUUUCCCAAGAUAAAUUAAAAGAAGGGCAGAGCGUCAUUGGUCUACAGAUGGGCACCAACAAAGGAGCCUCCCAGUCCGGAAUGACUGGCUACGGCAUGCCAAGGCAAAUCCUCUGAACGAGCAAAUCACCGGAAACUCCAGAUUACCAAACAGUUCAUCCACUCAUCUCCUAGGUCUUCUCUUUCUCCUUGCUCACCUCUGGAAUGUUACCCUCCCAAAGUCUUAAGCAUCGAACAACCCGUAGACUGUGCACAUGAUCUCAUAUAUUACCCCCCAUAUUCUCCCCCCUCCUUUUUUUUGCAUAAUUUUUAGGGAAACUUGAAAAAUAUUUAAAUUUUGAUUGGCUAGGAAUGAAAUGGUUUUAAUGUUUUGUUCGAGGGUACACCGCAAUGCCUUUACAUUCCACACCCGCCUGCUCUGUUGUCGUGUGUAUAUUUGUGACCAAAAUCAAGUGGAUCGUUUUCUCUAAUCUUGGUUCCCUUAAUCCUGUGAUUGGUGAGAUCUGCUGUAAAGCAGAGCGACCUCCACGCAGCUUCAUGGUGAUUGAAGCAAUAGUGCAAAAGGGAAUGCAACGUUAAAGCUGUUCUUUGUAGUCUAUUUCCUAGUGACUGAGGUGGGAACUGAGAAUCCCACCGCUCCGCUCUCUGCAUCCAAUACUGUUAAAUAGUAAUAGUUCUGAUCCAAAUAAAACCAAUCUAUGUUUAUACA